ACAACGAUUUACAAAAGACCUCAGUUUAUCGCAUAUGACUUGACAUUCCAACCAGGAAGUAUGGUGUAAUGGGGUAACCCAGAAUUUGCAUCUACUUCCUCCAUGAGCUCGCAUACCGCUUGACGCACACAGGCAGCUAACUCACUUCCCGACGGGCGCCCUACACGACACCAGCUACCACGAUGAAGUCGCUGAUCACGCUGACGUUGGUGUUUUUCCUUGCGUUCCUGACUUCGGCGCAAGGCAACCUGCUACUGAAGGAGGCUAUUCGGAACGCGUUCUACGGCUUGUUCAAUGGCCGUGACGUCAGGACACACGUCACUGAUGCCGGCCAUGUGCAGAGCUGCGGCCCACCUGAUGCUAAUUUCUCUGUGUCGUGGGAGCCCAAGGUUCUCGACCCCGAGGGCAGCAUCGUUGUCAACUACACCUAUAAAGUCCCUCACGACUUCAAACAGGGAACAGCUGACGUGGCACUGUACUUCAACAAGAUAAAAAACCCUAUCUUUGACGACACAUUCCCUCUCACCUGUAAGGACAUUAAAAAAUACUUCCACUGCCCUUUCAUGGCCGGACCGACUGUCCAUGGAAGCUACCCCUACUCUAACCUGCUCAUCCUCAAAGGUUAUGAUGGGGUGUACAAAGCCAAAGUGAAUGUCAAGAAUCAGGACGGAAAGGUGAUGAUCUGCGCCAUCGCUGUGGUGGAGAUCAGAGGCAAGGACUAAGACAACCCUCAUCUGCUGUUACUUUCCCUGAAGACCGAUCUCAACUUGAACUCAAAUUUAAGAUAGAAACUUCAAAUUCUCUCUUUUAAGAUAGAAACUUCAAAUUCUCUCUUUUAAGAUAGAAAAUUCAGACUGACGUCCCUUAUAACAAGGAAGCAAGUACCUGCCGUUAGUAUUCCCGCGAUAUUUGUUACUUGUGUGACCAGGUUUCCACUCAGUGAGAUGUUUCACCAACGUAAUCCCGCCCAAUCAACACCAGAAUGAAAGAGCACAAAACCUCCAUCAUUAAAUCAUCUUAUCACUUA